AUGCGCGUCAUCAACAGCGAUGGUAGCGAGCCAGAAAUGUGUGGCAACGGGAUACGAUGCCUUGCCAAAUUCUAUGCCAUGCUGACUGGGAAUGGUGGGAGCAGGUACAAAGUCCACACAUUGGCAGGCUUGAUGGAGCCCGAAAUCUUGCCAGAUGGCCAGGUCCGUGUGGACAUGGGUGUCCCUGUCUUGGACGGGCCAUCGGUCCCUGUCACGCUGUCUCCCACAAGCGAUGGAAUGGUUGUGGCCCAAGAGUUGGAGGUGGCAGGGAGUGAGUGGACAGUCACAGCCGUGAGCAUGGGGAAUCCACAUGCGGUUGUUUUCAGCAGAGAUGGGAAGCCCAUCAAGAUCGAUGAUAUUGACCUGCCAUCCUUGGGACCAUCCUUUGAGAACCACCAAGAGUUUCCUGCACGAAUCAAUACUGAAUUCGUGGAGGUCUACAACCCGAAUCACGUCCGCAUGUGUGUCUGGGAGCGAGGCGCAGGGAUGACGAUGGCCUGUGGAACGGGUGCUUGCGCCAUUGUCGUUGCGGGGGUGUUGGAAGGCAAAUUGGAAAGGAGAUGCCGUGUGGACUUGCCAGGAGGGCCACUGGACAUCGAGUGGAGCACUGAAGACUCACAUGUUUUCAUGACUGGCCCUGCGGAGCUGAGCUUUGCUGGGACUGUGAAUCCUUGA